AUGGACGACGCGCGCGCGAGUCCGAAGGUUCAGCUCAUCAUGAACGCGUGCUCGGCGUCCAAAGCCGCGGACGUCGUGCUCGCCGUCGGUGCGAAACCGUGCAUGGGAUGCACCACCUACGAGGAAGCCGCGCUCACCGCAUCGCUCUGCGACGUGACCGUGUUGAAUUUCGGCACGCCCACGACGGCGGAGAUCGCAAACGCCGUGCUCAGCGCGCAAAACGUCGUGGUCGAUCCCGUGGGGUGUGGACUGGAGACGAGAGGGAGAACGGUAAAGGAGUGGUUGGAACGGCGCGGCGCCGUCGCUCGGGACGCGAGCGAUGUGCGACCGAUGCGCACUGUGGUGAAGGGAAAUCGAAGUGAAAUCGAAGCGUUGAUUGAGUUGUUUGCUGUGAACGGUAGCGUUGGGGCGAAUUUGAGCGUUACGCCGGAAUCGUCCGACGGCGACUGCGCGGAAAAAGACGUUUUCGACGCGCUGAAUCAACUAUCGGAAAAGCUUGGCGCGAUGAUUGUGAUGACUGGGAGCGUGGAUUAUGUUACCACACCGCGAUCAACUCGGGUCGAUGGUGCGCCCGGAAACGAAGCCGUUCAUGAGUUCGAUGCGCCGAUUCUGCAGAAAUUUUCUGGCGCGGGUUGUUGCCUCGGAGCCUUCCUGGCGGCGACGGUUCCUGGAUCGGGACUAGCGAAUGCGAGAGCGUUGCGAGCCUCGUGCCUAGUGUACAGACGGAUUGCGACUGACGUUGUUCGGUUAGGGAACUUUUCCGGACCUGCUUCUUUCCAAGUGGCAUUCUUUGACGCGCUGGCGAGUCUAAAAAGCUACGAGUAG